AAGGUCGAAGAAUACAGCACUUAAACGGCAGCGGCGUUGGGAACUGUUCUUAAGUGCGGGAGCCUCCUGACUGCCAGCAAGGCUCCAGCUGAGCUAGGAUGGACAGGGCUGUGAAAUCCCCCCACUCCCAGGAUGAGACCAGUUUAGCCCAGGAAGGAUUACCUCUGCUCCCAGCCUCUGUGUCUGAGCAUUAGGUCCCGGGAUAAUAAGACUCCAUGGAUGUGGCUGGGGCCUCCAGCUCGGAGGCGUUGGUGCGGGAGCUGCUUCUGGCUGCGCUCGAGGACCUGAGCCAGGAGCAGCUGAAGCGCUUUCGCCACAAGCUGCGGGAUGCGCCCCUGGAUGGCCGCAGCAUCCCGUGGGGGCGACUGGAGCACUCAGACCCCGUGGACCUCGUCGACAAGCUGACCCAGUUCUAUGGGCCAGAGCCAGCCGUGGGUGUGACCCGGAAGGUCCUGAAGAAGGCAGACGCUCGAGAUGUGGCGAUGCGGCUCAAGGAGCAGCAGCUGCAGCGCCUCGGUGCUAGCUCAGCGCUUCUCUCCCUGUCGGAGUACAAGAAGAAAUACCGCGAGCACGUGCUGCGACAGCAUGCUAAAGUGAAGGAGAGGAACGCCCGCUCGGUGAAGAUCAACAAGCGCUUCACCAAGCUGCUCAUCGCGCCCGGGAGCGGCGGCGCGGAGGAUUUGCUGCUGGGGCGGUCAGAAGAGCCGGAGCGCGCGAGGCGGUCGGACACGCACACCUUUAAUCGGCUCUUCCGGGAAGAAGAGGAGGGCCCGCGGCCGCUGACCGUGGUGCUGCAGGGCCCGGCAGGCAUCGGCAAAACCAUGGCCGCCAAGAAAAUCCUCUACGACUGGGCAUCAGGCAAGCUAUACCACGGCCAGGUGGACUUCGCCUUCUUCUUGCCGUGCGGCGAGCUGCUGGAACGGCCUGGUACGCGCAGCUUGGCCGACCUGAUCCUGGACCAGUGCCCGGACCGCACGGCACCGGUGCGGCAGAUCCUGGCACAGCCCCAGCGCCUACUGUUUAUCCUGGACGGUGCGGACGAUCUGCCUGCUUUAGCGGCCCCGGAGGCCACUCCCUGCACAAAUCCUUUCGAGGCCACGAGUGGCGUGAGGGUGCUGAGCGGGCUGCUGAGCCAGGAUCUGCUACCCUUUUCUCGCUUGCUGGUGACUACACGCAAUGUCGCCCCCGGGAGGCUGCAGGGUAGACUGUGCUCUCCGCAGUGCGCCGAAGUGCGCGGCUUCUCGGACAAAGACAAGAAAAAGUAUUUCUUCAAGUUCUUCCGGGACGAGAGGAAGGCAGAGCGCGCUUACCGCUUCGUCAAAGAGAACGAGACGCUGUUUGCCCUGUGCUUCGUGCCCUUCGUGUGCUGGAUCGUGUGCACAGUGCUGCAGCAGCAGCUGGAGCUGGGCAAGGAUCUGUCCCGAACCUCCAAGACCACCACGUCCGUGUACCUGCUCUUCAUCGCCAGCGUGCUGAAGUCUGCAGGCACCAACGGACCCAGGGUUCAGGGAGAGCUGCGCAUGCUCUGCCGCCUGGCCCGGGAGGGCAUCCUGAAGCAUCAAGCGCAGUUUUCAGAAAAUGACCUGGAGAGGCUGAAGCUUCAGGACUCCCAAGUUCAGAAAAUGUUUCUCAGCAAGAAGGAACUGCAGGGCGUGCUGGAAAAGGUGGUCACCUUCCAGUUCAUUGACCAGAGCUUCCAGGAGUUCUUGGCUGCACUGUCCUACCUGCUGGAGGACAAGGGAGCUCCGGGGACGCCCGCAGGAGGUGUGCAGAUGCUCCUGACCUCUGACGCAGAGCUGCGUGGUCACCUUGCACUCACCACUCGAUUCCUCUUUGGACUGCUGAGUGCAGAGAGGAUUCGAGACAUCGAACGUUAUUUUGGCUGUGUGGUGCCGGAGCGUUUGAAACAGGACACCCUGCGGUGGGUACAAAGGCAGAGCCACCGCAGAGUGACGCCCCCAGGGGCAGAGAGGGACGACGAGCUGGAGGACACUGAGGAACCAGAGGAAGAGGAGGAGGAUCUCGACUUUGGACUGGAGCUGUUGUACUGCCUGUACGAGACACAAGAGGAUGCUUUUGUUCGCGAGGCUCUCGGCAGCCUUCCAGAGAUGGUGCUGGAGCGGGUUCGCUUCACCCGCAUGGACCUUGAGGUUCUGAGCUACUGCAUGCAGUGCUGCCCAUCUGGUCAGGCCCUGAGGCUGGUGAGCUGUGGGCUAGUGGAGGCAAAGGAGAAGAAGAAGAAGAGUCUGGUGAAGCGGCUGACGGGUUCUCGGAACACCACGAAACCACCCCCAAUCUCCCUGCUACGUCCGCUCUGUGAGGCCAUGACCACCCAAGAAUGUGGCCUGAGUGUUCUGAUUUUAUCACACUGCAAACUCCCUGAUGCAGUUUGUCGAGACCUCUCUGAGGCCCUGAAGGUAGCUCCUGCCCUAAGGGAGCUGGGCCUCCUCCAGAGCCGUCUUACUGGGGCAGGCUUGCGUUUACUGAGUGAAGGCCUGGCUUGGCCCAGGUGCCAGGUGCAGACACUCAGGGUGCAGCUGCCUAACCUCCAAGAAGCAAUCCAGUACCUGGCUGCCGUGUUGCAACAGAGCCAGGUCCUCAACACCCUGGACCUCAGUGGCUGUCGGCUCCCUGGCCCGGUGGUGGAGAGCCUGUGUGCAGCCCUGAAACACCCUACUUGCUGCCUAAAGACGCUCAGCCUGACUUCUGUGGAGCUAAGUGAGGUGUCGCUGAGGGAGCUUCGAGCCGUGAAGACCUUAAAGCCAGAUCUGGCCAUCAUACAUUCAGAACUAGGCACAUAUCCUCAGCCUCUGAAGAGAUGAAACGGUGUCUCCUAAGGCCCUGAAGACCAGAACAGGCUAGAAGAUGCUGUAGCCAAAGUCCUUAUGAAGAUGCCCUCCCCAUUCAAAAGCAAGAAGAUGCUAGCUUCUCCCCUAGGCAAGUCUUUCAAGCCAAGGAACCACAGAAGGGCAAGCCAAAGACCCAGGUAGAUAUAGGCCCCUGAUAGCUCCUGGACAGGCCUUGCACAUACCCUGCCCUGGAUACUCUGAGGUUAGUCUUCCCCAAGCCCCACAACCACUGCUACCUUUCUUUCUGGGCCCACCAGUCUGUCCCUUGAAGAUAAUCCCAACAGUAAUAAGAGUAUUCAGUAAUUGAGCAUACUGCUCAGUGGUGUCACUCAUCUCUGAGCUGGUCCAUAUCUGUUGUAUGAGUGAAGGGCCCCCCAGAGUUCUGCCACCUGUAGGCAGGAGAAGGUGGACCACCACUACGAUCUGGAAUUUGGGGCACUGGCUUUUAGAAGGAUGCCAUCCAUGAAACCUUGGGGCAUUAGCCAGGGGAAUCCACUUGCUGCCUGAGAGAUAUAGGAAAGGACCCAGAAGAAUGACAGCUUCCUUUGAUGAUGGGAGCUGGGACAAGACAGUGGAUGUCUGCAACAUAAUAAGUUUCCUUGGGCUGGAGAGAUGGCUCAGUGGUUAAGAGCACUAUCUCUUCUUCCAAAGGUCCUGAGUUCAAUUCCCAGCAACCACAUGGUGGCUACAACCAUCUUUAGAGUGAUCUGGUGCCCUCUCACAUGCAGGCAAAACACUAUAUAAAAAAUAUAAAUAAAUAAAUUUUCCUUUGGAUUCCCUUUCA